AUUGCAUCUAAGUAAUUCCAUACAUUCAUAUCGCAGCGGCUGGUGCCGUAUUGCCUCCGGAAUUAACCCGAAUUCCCGACCAUGUGCCAGAUAUCUUCCAGCCAACCUUUCGGAUAUCAGACCCGCUACGACGGAACCGCCUCAUAACCGCGACCGACCAUUAACUAUGCUCACAUCCUGCAUACGUGCUCCGCCAGUGCCUCUCUUCUGACGCCUCCUCCACUCCACCGAAGGGCGGCAGAGCCCGUUUGCUACCCGCCAUGGACGCCUUUCCCGAAUCCUACGCCGCGCAUAACAUCCCGCUAGUCGUGCUCUCCGGCAUCAAGCUCCCUUCUCAUGGCGCCCGGCCGGCCAAAGAAGAGCGUGGCGAGCUCGGAUCGCAGUUCGGGUCCCUUGACGGCGACGGGGCGGCGCAGUUGCUGAACGAGUUUCUAAGUUGCGAUGGCACUUCAACUGCUUGGAAUGGGAGAAACGCGCGGUCCAAGGGGGCGUUAUUGCCGUUGAAGAUACAGGCAAUUGGGCCGACGUUUAAGUUUCCUCCCAAGAAAGCCGCUCCCCCGACCAACCAACCCGGACUAGAAGCAUUCGGCAGCGCUUCCGACUCCCACGAUCAUACUCUCGUGCUCCAUUCGCCCAUCUCCCCGCUCUCGCCGAACUCGCCCCUAUACCCGGACGGGUUGAUGACUCCGCUGUGGACGUCGAAGCACCAGGACAGCGUCCCUGCGGUGUUCGUAUCCUGCUUCGCCUUCGAAUCCAACCCGAGCACCAACAGCCUGCACGACAACCAGCUCAAGAGCGAGAUCAACCGGAUCAAGGGGGCGCUAGCGAAAAGCGAGUAUCGAACGCGGUAUGCGGUCGUUCUUCUGGGCGGGAAAUCCGUCCAGGGCUCUGCCGAUGUGGACGAGCGAAUGUCGAAUAUCCGCCGCGCCACCGGGUUGGAUGCGAAGAGUUCCCUAUUCUUCGUGCCGGCCGGUGUAUCUGCCCAGGAGCGGCCCUCACUGGUGGUCUCGAUUCUCUCCGCCAUAUCACCGCUGUGCAUCGAGUACUACCGCGAUUUAACCAAGCAUUCUCGGAGGAAGAAAGGCAGAGGUACCAUUCCUUCACCGACACUGCCACCGACGCUGGGGACAUCCCAGGCGCUGCCUGCCAUUGGAUGGAACGUCCGCUAUGAAUUCAAGCUUGGCGUCUUCGCCGAAUUCCGACAGGAGAUGGACGCGGCCAGCCGGCACUACAUCUCGGCGAUCGAGGCGCUCUUCGCUGCCGACGGCCCGUUCCAGACCACCCCGACCUGGUCUCCGCGAUGGGACGAGGUCCGCCUCCUCGCGGACGUCGUCGCGUUGCGCAAUCUCCGAUGUAUGCUCUGGAACGGGCAGACGACGUCUGCCGUCCAGUUCUACGCGAUGUACCGCGAACAAUCGCAGAUCGUCAUCGACCAGCGCGGAAAGGGGACUGCAUGCUACGGCUGGCAGGCGUGGGAGUCCCGGUGGGCGAAGAUCCUCGCCGAGCUAAUCCAGCGCGCGGAGCUGCCGUGGUUCACCGCGUCCGGCACGGAAUCCGAGAGCGCCGACGCGAAAGAGCAGGCGGUAUUCUCGCCGGUCGAGAAAGCGUUCCCAGUCGGCGAACGGAUCUCGCCGUGGCAGCAUUUGCACCACCCGGGAUACUGGCUCCUCAAAGCCGCGACGCAUGCCAAGCACCGGAAACAGAUCGCCAUGGAGAUUCCGGAUGAGGAUCGCAAUCCCCCGGGCCAGUCUCCCGCUGGGCAAGUCGCCCAUCGCGCAGCGACAUAUGAUACAUACCUUUGCCCGGAACCUCACGUCGAAUUCCCCAUCCCCGAUGGAUCCGAAGGCUAUGACCACACGGCGGAUAUCGUCAACCUUCUAAACGAGUCCAGCGGUGAGUUCUUCCGCCGCGAGCAGCGGCGCUUCGUCGACCAUCUCCGGCUGCAAACGGGAAAGGAGUUGUUCGACGCCGGCGCUUUCGACCAAGCGCUGGCCACGCUCAAGCCGCUCUGGAAGGGGAUGCGUUGGCGGAGCGAACGGUGGUGGGACCUGGUGAACGAAACCACGUACCUCCUGAACCAAUGCGCGCAUCGCGUUGGGGACAUCGAGACGAUUCUGGAGACGCAGUGGGAGCUACUGAGUCGGGCGCUCAAAAAGCACGAGGACGUCACGUAUGAUUUCAUGAGGUGUUUAGAUGGUGUUGAGAUAGACCCGGCCACGACCGGUGGUGCCCACCUCGACGCCCAGGCGGUGGUUUCUCCACUGCACACCCGCUUCGCUUUUGAGGCGGUCCAAGGACAUGUGGCCGACACUCUGACAUUUCAGCUGGAGCUGGAGUUCGAUGCACAUGAGGCUUCGUCGGCUCUGCGUCUUGAAGAUAUUAUUGUGGAGUUUGAAGGGCCUUUGCAGCAGAUCAAACUGUCACAUCAGCAUACGCCAGAGAGUUCGGAUGCCACAGAUGGCUCGAGAAUAACGUUGGUCAACGUUGACCUCGUCGACGACUCGGCUGAUCCGAUGUCGCUCACCAUUUCCAGUGCUACUAAUCUCACCAUGGCUCCAGGUAAACAGAAGGUGUUCCAAGGCAGCUUCAUCCCUCGCAGAUCGGGGGAAUUGAAAGUCACGAACAUCACAUACCGGCUUGCACCCGGCGGUAUCCCCUUCAGGGUUUCGAAUUCGCUUGAAACGGGGGACCGGAGACCAGCUUGGUGGCUGCGGAGCGCCAGGGGUGUGAGGAGAAAGCACGUCACCGGCGAGAUUGGGCCUGACAUGACGAUUCUCCCCAAGCCCCCCAAGAUUGAUGUGACCUUGCCCAACCUCGAAGAACAGUAUUACACCGACGAGACCGUUGUGCUCCAUGUUGAUCUCGCCAACCACGAGGAAGAAGAAGCAACUGGGACACUCCACGCAGAAUUGAUCGGUCGAGCCGGAGGGGAAGAGGAGAUUAAGACCCUUUGGAGCUCAUCGGUCUCGUCCCCUGGUGCCAGCGGUGGUCAUGAUGCAUCGGACUCUCAUCCCUUUGGACCUCUCAGCGCGGGGCAGACGAGCCGAGAAACCAUCACGUUCACGGCACCAUCGGCACCGUUUGAAUAUGCGCUAGAACUUCAGCUCACCUACCAACUGCAAUCGGAUCAACAGACCCCGCUAUCGAAGACGGUCAGCGUCGGGGUCAUCUUCGUCGGCGCGUUUGAGGCAAGCUAUGAGUUUGCACCUCGACUACAUCCUGAACCAUGGCCUUCGUACUUCCAUAUGAGCGAUGACGCCGUCGGCUCGGACACGGCCGGUCGAGCGCAAGGCAUUGCCCAGGAGUGGGGGCUCGGCGCCCACAUCGUGUCGUUCGCCGAGGCGGAGGUCACCAUCGAGUCUGCAUCCUUAUCGCUGGCCACUGCGCUCACCGGAGCGGUGUGUUCGAUUACGCCCGACGAUGACCAGAAAGCCAUAGUCCUCCAGCCCCGCCAGCCGUGUCGCAAGUCCUUCGACCUCACUGUUCGCAAAUCCACCCUGGACGAUCGGCGAGCCAUCUCGCUCGACGUGUCGUUGGAGAUUACGUGGAGAAGGUCAUCGGGAGCCAAUGCGAGUAGUGAAUCCGUCACGUCGACGUUGGGAGUACCGCGUCUCCUGGUUCCGAACAGUGAGCCUCGAGUUCUUGCGCAUGCAGGGCUGUCGUCCUGGGCAUCCACCCCGUCGACGCCGACCCUUACUCCGACGACAACUGACGCUCUCCUAAUCCACCUCUCAUACACGCUCGAGAAUCCCUCUCUCCACUACCUCACCUUCGACAUCGCCAUGGACGCCUCCAGCGAAUUCGCCUUCAGCGGCCCCAAGGUCCGUUCCCUGAAUCUGUUGCCGAUGAGCCGCCGCACAGUCGAAUACGUGCUCUAUCCGCUGGUGCAGGGCGACUGGGUCUACCCGUCGCUGAGGGUGCAGGACCGGUACUUCAACAAGACGCUGAGGGUCAUUCCUGCCAAAUGCACGGCCCCGGUGGCACGGAGCGUGCCUCAUGUGUGCUACCGGACAUACGCUGACGUGAAGGUUGAUAAGCGAGGUAUCUGUAUUUGGAUCCCUACUAGUGAAGAGCAAAGGAAGGACGCCUGAGUGGGGUCAAUGAAUGAAGAAAACAUAAAUGAUAUACUAUUCGUGGCCACCAAUUUUCUUGUAUAAGGAUGGGGCUCUUGCCGAACCUCGAAUAUACCUCUACCAGUGAUUGUAUGCGCCGCCCAAAUUAGCUUCUCCGUGA